AUGUUCAUUGAAUUCAACUCUAUCCUCUUUCUGUUCAUACUUUCCUUUUCUUCUUCUUCUUCUUCUUCUCCUUCUUCUUGGGCAUUGGCAAAAUCGACCCAUACACCUUCUCCCUCUCCCACUCCGGAGAACUUACCUACCAAGCCAUACGAUAUAAAAUGCCAAGAAAGUAUGGAAGCGGGUAACGAUUCGUGGACUGUCAAAGGGUCUGGUACGUACUCGAUUGAGUUUAAAGAUGAUCAUAAGAAAGAGAGAUUCGAUGUAAAAUGGGAUAAUAAUAAUAAAAAAGCUGAUUGCACUAUCGAAGUUACUCGAUUACCGACAGUUCAAAAUACGUUUAAAUUGAGUAUUCUCAAAGAAAAGAUUUUACCGUAUGUAGAAGAGGGUAGAGAUUGGACCUUGACUUGUAGUUGA